AUGGUUAAGCAUGGAGACAGCAGAGAUCCAAAGACGCUAGACGAGGCACUCUCGGCGCCAGAUAGAGGAGAAUGGAAGGCAGCCAUAUGGACCGAACUGGACAACCUAAAGAGCUUCAAGACGUGGGAGCUGGAUCCGCGACCAAAAGAUAGACUAGUGGUCAGAUGCAAAUGGGUAUUUCAUAAGAAAUAUAAUGGAAAUGGUGAAUUGGAAAGAUAUAAAGCUCGUCUGGUCGCUUGUGGCUAUUCCCAGGUGGAAGCAAUAGAUUUCAAAGAGACGUUCUCUCCUGUAGUGAAGGUAAAAUCGAUCCGAACACAACUAACCAUAGCAGUGGAAAGAGACUGGAAGAUUCACCAGGUGGACAUAACAGCGGACAUAUCUCAAUGGAACUCUGAAAGAGACAGUCUACAUGAAGCAGCCACGGAGGGAAGCCAGGAUGAAGCCUUCUGA